CUAUCUUGGCUCUCUCUCUAGCACAACUCUCUGUCUCUCUCUCCAGAUCAAUCAGAAUUCGGAUCAACCCCUCAUUGUCCGUCUCUUUCCACAAAACCACUCUCUAUUCGUGAAACCAACCGCGAAUCUCACAGAAGUUUCCUUCUUCAGCUCAAAAAGCAUACGCCAUGAUUUGAAUCACCAGGAAUUAAUCGGACCACCCCAACCAGAAUGGCGUGGUUCAGUGGGAAAGUCUCUUUGGGGAACUUCCCCGAUCUCGCCGGGGCCGUGAAUAAGCUCCAGGAGAGCGUCAAGAACAUCGAGAAGAACAAGCUGAUGAUAAUGAAGCUGAUGUUAAAGGGCAACAUCUGAGCUCAGGGGAAAAUGCGUCUGACUCUUUAGUGAUUGAAUUGGAGAAGGUGAAGAUGGAGAUGAAGAUGAUGGAAGCUGCAUUGCAAGGUGCUGCAAGACAGGCCCAGGCAAAAGCUGAUGAGAUUGCAAAGUUUAUGAAUAAAAAUGAACAAUUAAAAUCUGCGAUCGAGGAUUUGAAGAGAAAAUCCAAUGAUGCAGAAGUCGAGUCACUGCGAGAGGAAUACCAUCAAAGGGUUGCAACACUUGAAAGGAAGGUGUAUGCUCUUACAAAGGAAAGGGACACGCUUCGGCGGGAGCAGAAUAAGAAAAGUGAUGCAGCUGCUCUUCUGAAGGAAAAGGAUGAAAUAAUUAAUCAAGUUAUGGCUGAAGAUUAUAAUGGCAAAACCAGCAGGUGGCCUUAGUGAGAGAGAUCAGCAUACAGGGAUGGAUGAGGACUAAUUUUGUGUGUAUGACAAUUGACUAUCUUUGCUUGUAUUGCUCUAUGUUAGGGAUCUUUUGUUCCAUUUUAGUAACAAUUUUGUUUAGGAGAAAAAAGAAAAAUAUUGCAGUUCAUGCUUUGUAAAUGCCACUCUUCUGUUAUGAUGGACACGUGGUAUGCCCUUGUUGGGUAGGUUUUGGAUUGAAACCAUGGUCGAGUGCUUGAGCCAUGUUUAGUGUGAAGCUUGAAUGGAUUUUCUUUUCUGUUGUAUUUGGCCCUUGUCUUUUCAAGCAUGCCAAAAAUCAUCCUAGUUUUGUAAUAUGUGGUUUGUGUCCAAUUAAUUUACUGUGGACCUUGCAUUUUUGUA